AUGAAGAAUAAGCCUAUUACAAUUGAUGAAGAGGAAAUCGAUGAACAGAUGUCUCAAGAAAAUACAAAUAGAACUGAAUCUGAUGUUGCAAAAACAUCACAGAUAAAUAAAAAAUCAAAGAAUCCAACAAAAAUAUCUUUAAAUCCAUUACUAAGUAAUAUAAAGGAUGUUAAUGGUUGUCUUAAUUAUCUUAAUAUUUGGGAUCAACACUUUAAUCAGUGUGAAAAAGUGAUUAAUGAUCAACAAUAUAGAAGAAUUGAACUCAUAUAUUCUUUAUCCGAAUUGUUUUUCAUUUUACUUGCUCUUUGUUCGCAAGAACAACAGGAAGAGUCAAGCAAAAAAACUACGAACCAUUGGAAAGGGAACAAUAUAAAAACACGAAUGUAUGAGAAAUUGGGGAAUAAGAAUAAACAUGGUAUUCUAAUGAAAUGGACAGCUUGUUGGAGAAUCUAUCAUAUCCUUUGGGUGACCAAUAUAACGCCAAGGGAACUCAUAAAUGUUGAUUUAAAUGCAAUAUAUUUUCUUACUGCAACUAAUGAAGAAUAUAAUUUCUUAAUCAAGGAAUUAAUUAGAAAUGAAGAAUUCCCUGACUUCACUAAUCCUAAAGCUAUUGGAAUCCGAGAAAUAAUUAACAACACAAUCAUUGAAUUUUUUCUUGAUCAUGAGUUUGACGAACUGUAG